AUGAAGGUGUUGAUGCUCGCUGGGUGUCUUGUCUUGACCUUAGGGGCAACGCUAGCCAAGGAGGAGGCACUUCCUCAGAAGGUGACCUACGUCAAUCACCGCCUGCUUGCAGUAACCCCUCAAAACAAGGAGCAGGUCGAGUUUCUGGCCGAUCUUGAAGAUAGCGGGCACCUCGGGCUGGACGUCUGGAUCAUGCCCCGGGUCAACCAACCAGGGAAAGUCAGGGUUCCUCCCGAGACCUACCAGAGGUUCCUCGAUCUCAUCAACGCAGCGGGCAUUCCGCAUGAGCUGAAACAUGAUAACAUUCAGGAAUUAGCUAACUACAUCAGCGGUUUCGCAUCCAGCUUCACUGGAGUGUCGACGGGGACAUUAGCCCACCAGACGUAUGAGGGAAGGUUGACUUACUACAUCCACAUAAACAACCCCAGUGUUUCUGGCAAGAAACGAAUCUUCAUCGAGGCCGGGAUUCACGCCAGAGAGUGGGUGACCCCAGCAUCAACGAUGUAUUUUGUGGACAAGAUGCUUCACGAACGAUCCAUCGCCGGCAGCCAGGCUCAGUAUUUGUACAACAACUUUGAGUGGUACAUCGUCCCUGUCACCAACCCUGAUGGUUAUGCCUACACACACACCAGUGAUCGGCUGUGGAGGAAGAACAGGAACACCUGCAGUUCCAUCUUCGGCCGCGGUGUCGACCUCAACAGAAACUGGGACGCAAAUUUUGAGGUAAAUGUUUCCUGUAGCGGAUCUUCCUCCAGCUGUUUCUCCGACACCUACCACGGCAGCAGCGUCUUCUCCGAGGCGGAGACGAGGAACAUCCGAGACUGGGUGGCCAGUAUCCAGAGCAACGAAGGCCCAAUCUCCGCCUACCUAUCGGUCCACUCUUACUCCCAAUAUCUCCUGGUACCAUACGGGUAUGCCGAGAACACCGAGCCGGCUAAUACGGCUGAGAUAGUACACGUGGCCUCCGGAACGUCCUCAGAUUGGGCCCGCCUAAAUGCCAACAUCCCGUACGCCAUGACCUACGAGAUGAGACCCGACUCCAAUGACAACGCCGGGUUCCAGCUCCCGGAAAGUGAGAUCAUCCCGACGGGCGAGGAUCUCUGGGUGUCAUUGCAUGCCAUUGCGUCCGAACUGUAA